AUGAUGCGAUCGGGCGGAUGCGGGAAAAAGCAGACCUAUGCAGAUAAUUUUCAUGUGUGCAAAUCAUGUUCUCAGAGGAUAUUUUGUGGCGAUUACUUGCAAAAACCUAGGAGAAACCGUUUGAAAACAUGGGCUUGUUAUCCUGAGCAUACCUGGCUGCACGUUCCGCCAUAUAAUGGCAAGCAUUUGGCAGGCAAAGGAACUGUAAGGGUGACGGAUGAGUCGGAUAAUCCAGAGGAGCUGAAAAUUAAUUACUAG